AUGUGCUACAAUGGCGGCUGCUAUGGGGGCUUUGGCUAUGGCUAUGGCUCUGGUUAUGGCUGUGGAUGUGGCAGCUUCCGUGGCCUAGGCUAUGGCUGUGGAGGUUGUGGCUAUAGAGGCUAUGGCUAUGGAGGUUAUGGCUGUGGAGGCUGUGGCUAUGGAGGCCUGAGGUAUGGAGGAUAUGGCUGUGGCUGUGGAGGCUGUGGCUAUGGAGGCCUGGGCUAUGGAGGCUAUGGCUAUGGCUGCUGCCGUCCAUCUUGCUGUGGAAGGUAUUCUUCUUAUGGCUUCUACUGA